GGCCUGACUGUGAGGAAGUGUACUCACAGAAACACUUAUGUGGGAGAGGGUCAAGGUCUCACUCUCUUUUUGUCUGGAGUAAGAAGCAGAGAAGUGGCUCUAUUUCAUGCCUGAACAGGGCUGAUAACCACAUAACCAUGACCAGGAGGAUGAGGCCAAACCUGUCUUAUUUAACGUUCACCUCUGGAAUGAUGGUUGGAUUUCAGCUCCUUCGCUUUCUGUUGGACCUGAACGUUUCACAAGAACAGGUCACAUAUUUUGAGAGGGGUGUGGAGCGUAAUGUCAGGCAGGAAGCAGAAAGACAACAACAUCAUCAAACAGCGAAUCACACAACACGCAUCUUAUGUUGGAUCAUGACGGGACCGAAGAACCUGGAAUCCAGAACCAAGUACAUCAAAGACACGUGGGCAAAUCGCUGCAAUAAAGUGCUUUACAUAAGUUCCGUCAAGACAGACUUCCCCACUGUGGGGCUAAAUGUGAGUGAAGGAAGGGAAAACUUGUACUGGAAGACCAUUCGAGCUUUUCAGUACAUCCAUCAGCACCACCUGGAAGAAGCAGACUGGUUCCUGAAAGCAGAUGAUGACACAUUUGUGAUAGUAGAGAACCUGCGCCACACCUUGUACAAAUAUGACACAGAGAAGCCGUUGUACUUUGGCAGAAGAUUUGCCCCUUUUAUUAAUCAAGGCUACAUGAGUGGAGGAGCAGGUUAUGUCCUUAGUAAGGAAGCACUGAGAAGAUUUGUCAAAGGUUUCAGCUCUGGUAAGUGUACCCACGUCUCCAACAUCGAGGACAUGGCUUUGGGACUGUGCAUGGAGACCAUGAAGGUGGAGCCUGUAGACUCUAGAGAUAUAAAGGGAAGACAAACAUUUCAUGCUUACCCACCAGAAAUGCACCUGGUCAGACAAUUCCAGAGACCACGACCUUGGUAUUUGACUUAUGAAUACUACACUCCAUUCGAGGGUCCAGACUGCUGUUCAGAUUUUGCUGUGUCCUUUCAUUACAUUUCUGCUGUCCAGCUGUAUGUUUUGGACUACCUAACAUACCAUCUGCGGCCAUAUGGAUACAAAUACAGAUUCAAUCCUGAUAAAGAAAAUAGAUCUCAACUCAUCAAAACCACGUAAAGUGUGGAUGUGUGUAUGAUAACCUAUGCACUAAUCGGACAAGCGGUUUCAGACAUUUCAGAGCCAAUCUUAAUUAUAAUUACCAAAAUGUUCUAUGAGAAUACUUUUAUAGCUUUUUAUGGUAAAGACCUGUGGAUACUCAUCACGUCUUCCUACCAAGGUCGGGUGUCAAUUUUGAGUGGGUCCAUUUUAAUAACUUGAAAUGAAGAAAUAUAAUUAAUAAUCACAUUUUAAAAUGUUGCAUAUAAACUAUUAUCAACCAUGUAUAUUAGUUAAAGCUACUGGGUUAGUACACAACCUGCCUAUCUAGCACUUACUGUUUACAACUGCUGCAUUUCUUUACCUGAUCACCUACACUUUGUCUUAUUGUAACAGAUAUAGUAUUUAGUACUUACUUCACACUCUCCUAAAGUACUGAGGUUUUAGUGUUGUCCCCCAGUUUUAUUUUUAGAAGAAAGUGUCUGCCUAAUGAGUAAAUUUAAUGUAUAGCUUGAUAGCAAGAGGGGUAAACCACAGUAAUAUUGGUCAAUUAAUGCAGUAAAUGUAUCCAUGUGCAGAAUAACCAACUGAUCUUAUGCAGAAAUAAAAUAAACUGAAAAUUGCAAAACGUUGUAUUUAUAAAGAAAAUAUGGGCACAUGGACAAACUAACUGUAUCAUGUAUUGUUUUUUGUAUUAUUUUAUAUCCACUGCAGACGUAACAAAAUAUAAAAACUUGUUAUGCUUUGA